GGAUGACGAGAGGUCCAGUACUUAAGGUGCCAGCAGACGGUGAGUUGUAAGAGUGAGAAAAGACUAAGUGAGGCGAGGUAGAGGAAAGGGUGCACAGGUUGGUAGCGUACUUAGCGGGCGAGACUGAGAGCUUCGACCACCCAACCAGGAAAUCUCCAAAUAAACUCCGUCAGGGAGCUUCUUUCCCUGCUGCUGCGCGCAACCACGGAACGCAGACUUUCUCGACAGCUCCCUACAGCAAUGUGGGCGCGCCACCACAAACCCCCAGAACAGGGCGUAUUAAGGCAAUGCUUGCUUGGUUUUCUGGAAUAGAUUCUGGACCUUGAAGUGUCGGAUUCACAAAAGAAUCUCAACGAAUUCGCCCAAGCUAAGCUGCGCCCGUGCGCGAUCGCAACUGAGCCUCGCCAAAAUAUAGAAAGAGUCCCACCAACGGCCGAAAACAAGAUGUCAACUACAACGGGCAAGAUCAAGUCCCGCUGGGCCGACGACGAAACUGACGCUGCGCUGGAAGCCCAGGCGAAGAAGGAAAGGGAGGAAAAGAAGCGCCAAAAGGCCGAGAAGGCGCGCAAGCUCGAGGAAGAGAAGCGGGCGCGCGAAGCCGAAGCCGCUGCGAGCGCGCGACAAGCUGCACCUCAGCAGGGCGACGAUGACACGAAUCCCAACAGCGAGCCCCCCUCCAAGCGGCGGAGGAUAUCGCCAGAGCGCGAGACAGGGCCGCCAGGCCGCGCAGCGGGGGUCGACAGCAGCAGCAGCGGCACGACGCUGCUGCGGCUCGGAGGGGCCAGGGGCGCGUUUGGGCCGUGCCGGAGCGUCGAGAACUACGACAAGCUCAACGACAUUGAAGAGGGCGCGUAUGGCUGGGUGGCGCGGGCGAAGGAGCUCAAGACGGGCAAUGUGGUGGCGCUGAAGCGGCUGAAGAUCGACCCCAAGGACCGCAGCGGACUGCCUGUCACCGGCCUGCGCGAGAUACAGAUCCUCAAGGACUGUAGCCACAGGAAUGUGGUCAAGCUGCGGGAGGUGGUCGUCGGCGAGGACACGAGCAAGAUUGAAAACAUCUUCCUCGUCCUCGAAUUCCUUGAACACGACCUCAAGGGGAUCCUCGAAGACAUGCCCGAGCCGUUCCUCGCGUCCGAGGUCAAGACGCUGCUGCUGCAGCUAGCGUCGGGGGUCGCCUACCUGCACGGCAACUACAUCCUGCACCGCGACCUCAAGACGUCCAACCUGCUGCUCAACAACCGCGGCCAGCUCAAGAUCGCCGACUUCGGCAUGGCGCGGUACGUGGGGGAUCCGCCGCCCAAGCUGACGCAGCUGGUGGUGACGCUGUGGUACCGGGCGCCGGAGCUGCUGCUGGGGGCGGCGCGGUACGGCGCGGCCGUCGACAUGUGGAGUGUUGGGUGCAUCUUCGGCGAGCUGUUGACGCGGGAGCCGCUGUUGCAGGGCAAGAACGAGGUGGACGAGCUGACCAAGAUCUUCGAGCUGUGCGGCAUCCCGACCGACGAGUCGUGGCCAGGCUUCCGGCGCCUGCCCAACGCGCGCGCGCUGCGCCUGCCAAAGAUCCCCGCGGCCAACGGGUCCGUGGUGCGCGCAAAGUUCCCGCUGCUGACUGCGGCAGGCGUGGCGCUGCUCAACGACCUGCUGGCCCUCGACCCGGCCAAGCGGCCCGCCGCCGAGGCCAUGCUCGCCCACGAGUACUUCAAGCAGGACCCCAAGCCGAAGCAGGAGGCCAUGUUCCCGACUUUCCCGAGCAAGGCCGGCCAGGAGAGGAGGCGGCGCCAGAAGACGCCGAACGCCCCGGUCCGCGGGCAAGCCGCAGACCCUCUGGGCGCCGUCGACUUUAGCGGCAUUUUCUCGGGGCGCGAGAAGGAAGAGAGAGGCGGGGGGUUCUCCCUUCGGAUGGUCUAGAUUUGGGAAAGGCCUCUCUCUUCGGGGAUGGCCAUUUGUACACGGACAACCGUCUGCACUCGCAGAAGCAAGCACCUGCGAGGCCCCAA